AUGGGAGAGGAGAAUAUAACAGAAAUCACAGAAAUAUUUUUGUUAGGAAUUAAACAUUUGCAUCAACAUAAGGUUCUAGCUUUCUCUCUGUUCCUUGUGAUUUACUUUGUAACAAUAUGUGGGAACCUCCUGAUCAUCACACUGGUGGUGCACAGCAAGAAUCUCCAUUCUCCUAUGUACUUCUUCCUUACUCAACUUUCUGUUUGUGAUAUUCUGAUGGCCACAGAUAUUGUCCCCAAUAUGCUUUAUGUCAUCCUCAAUGACGGAGGCCUCAUUUCUCUUCUGGGCUGUAUCACUCAAUUUUUGAUCUUUUGUUCCUCAGCAUCUUCCGAGUGUCUCCUUCUGGCAUCAAUGUCUUAUGACCGUUAUUUGGCCAUAUGUAACCCGCUGCGUUACAGUGCUAUAAUGAACCACAUGUUUUGCUUGAAAUUAGUUAUAAUGUGCUGGGUUAUAAGUUAUUCAGUGCUAAUAAAUCAAGCUAUACCUAUGCUUGAAUUAUCAUUUUGCGGACCCAAUGCGAUUGACCAUUUUUUCUGUGAUUAUGGCCCUUUGCUGGACCUUUCCUGCUCAGACACUUAUAAAGUUGAAAUUGAAUCUAACUUGCUUUCCAUCCCAUUUGUUAUCUCCCCAUUCUUUAUCACUGUUGUUUCAUAUGUCUAUAUUGUUUCCACCAUCCUUAAAAUCCCAUCACUUACUGGCAGACAUAAAGCCUUCUCUACCUGCAGUUCCCACCUGGUUGCUGUCUGUAUUUAUUAUGGCAGCCUGACAAGUAUUUAUUCAGUUCCCAAGCAAGCUAAUUUACAGAGUAUAAGCAAACUCCUUUCUCUGCUGUACACUGUGGUAACCCCAACGAUUAACCCUUUCAUAUAUAGCUUCAGAAAUAAGGAUAUCCAUAAAGCAUUUGAUAAAUUCAUCAAGAAAAUUACAUUGAUUUAA